CUGCCUGCAAGCACCACGCUUGUUGUUUUGUCGCCAAGGAGCAAGCCUCUUGUUUUGUUUGCCAAGCAAGGGCAUCACAACGUCAACAAGCAGACACACAGACGACGAGAGGUCGCCCCAAACACAACAACAACAACACGUACAGCCCAGUCUGCUGCAUCAUUGGGUUACUUCUUGCUUGCUUGCUUACAGUAGUAGCUGUGACCGCUGUUGUUGACAAGGGUGGUCGAGGCCUCUACCCCCUGUUUGCUCUGUCUUGCUCCCUUCUCGUGGCUUUCGACCGUUGGUCGACGCAGCCCGCUCGCACGCACGUGCAGCGCGCCAGGAUGUCUCUUGACUUGGCCGUGCCGGAGGCGCGGUUCGACCGCGCACCGAGCGCCACCAGCACGCGGCUCGGUGCCGCGGACAGCCUUGUCAAUGAUAUUGCUGGCAUGACCGACACGGACCUGUUCAAGUCCAUUUCAGAUGUCACCUACCAAGAACAACAUCAGGUGUCGUUCAUGCACUUGACGGCCAUGACAAACAAUCUCAACGAUCUACAAGGCUUGAUCAACCAGCACCCAGACUAUGUCAACGCUGUCGACUCCCUUGAUCGCACGCCCCUCUACUUUGCCAUCCUCGCAAACCAGCCAAAGACCUGCAAGCUGCUGAUCGAUGCUGGAGCCCUUGUGGAUGUGCAAGAUGCAGAUGGGCGAACGCCCGGGCACUGGGCAACGUUCCAUGGCUGCCCCGAAUGCCUUGACGUGCUUCUUGCCGCUGGUGCCACACCUGACGUUCGCGAUAAAGAUGGUCGAACCAUGUUGCACUGGGCAACGGCACAGAAGCAAAUCAAAUGCCUGCAGCAUCUGCUGAAGCAGCAGGACCUUGACUUAGACACACGUGACUCGGAGGAGAUGACCCCUUUGCACUGGGCAUGCUUCCACAACCACGCAAAGCACGUACAACUGCUCUUGAACGCGAAGGCAGACAUCACGGCCGUUGACAUGGAAGGCAAGACCGCUCUUCACUGGACCAGCGGCAACAAGGAUGCGGCUGUCGUUAAGGUGUUGCUUGCAAGCAAGCCCGAGCUGGCCAAUCAAGGCGACAAUGAAGGGCGCACACCGCUGCAUCUUUGCGUCGGAGAUGCGUCAAAAGCAAUUGCCCAGGCAAUUCUCAAGUCUGCCAAGACAGACCCGACGCUCGUGGACCACACGGGACGCACGGCCCUGCACUGGGCGGUCGCAUUGGCAAACGACACCAUGAUUGGCGUGCUUGCCAAGCACCGCGACAGCGUGCGUGUUCAGGACGAGCAAGGCGCCACACCCGUGCACUAUGCAGCCCAGCUUGAUUCAGAGCCGUGCACCAAGGCGCUGCUCAAGAGCAUGCCCAAGGAUAUGGUGGACGUGGAAGACAGGGAGCAACGCACGGCCCUCUUCUGGGCCAUUGCGAAAGAUCACCUCAGCACGGCUGAACUCCUCCUCAAAGCUGGUGCAAACCCAAACCACGUCGACUCAACGGGCCGCACAAUCCUGCACAUUUCGGCGCUGAGCGGGAAGUUGGGCGCUGUCAAGCUGCUCACAAAGUACAAAGCGGACAAAGAAAUCCAGGACUCGGCCCAGCAGACACCGCUCUUCAUCGCCUGCGAAAAUGGAUUUGCGGACCUUGUGUCCUACUUGCUUGACAACAAGGCGAACGAUGCCAUUAUUGACGCAGAGGGCCGCAACAUUGUACAUGCCGCUGCCAUCAGCGGGAACAAGAACGUGCUGGCUGAAUGUCUCCAGUUGCGCCCGCAUGACAUGAACAGCGUGGACGAGCGCGGUGAAACGCCUGUGCACUACGCUGCGUACUUUGGCCAGUUUGACUGCGUGCAAGAACUCCUCAGCAGCGGCGCUGAACCAAACUGCUUCGACCUCGAAGGGGUCACCCCUCUGCACUGGGCGUGCUCGCAAGGAUUCCCAGACGUGGUGCGCGAAUUGCUGAACUACAACGCGUAUCCAAACUUCACCGACCGGUCUGAGGACCAGCUCACACCUCUGGAUUACGCCUUGUCAGGCGGGUUUCAGGAAUGUGUGGACUUGCUGGUGGAGGCGCGUGGUGCAACGGGCGACGAGCUGAGAGCAUUUGCCGCCAACACGAUCCAGGCCGCCUUUCGAGUCUUUCAAGCAAAGAGGAUUCUGCAAAAUCUUCGCAAGCGAAAGCAGAGCAAUGCGGCGAUUGUCAUUCAAGCGGCAGCCCGCGGGUUCCUGGAGCGAAACAGAUACAAAAGCAUGAGGGAGGACCCAUCGCAGCGGCAUCAACAGCAGGAACCAGCGAACAAGGAUGACGAGGAACGGAAGCGGAAGGAAGAGGAGGAGCGGCGGCGGCGACAGCAGGAGGAGGAAGAGAGGAGAGAGCGCGAGCGAAAGGCAAAGGCGGAACAGGAAGAGAAGCUACGCAAGAAGAAGCAGAAGCAGGAACAAGAGCGGCGUCGACGCGAAGAAGCGCGAAAGAAGAAGGAGGCGGAAGAGCGCAAGAAACGCGAGCAAGAAGAUUUGAAGCGUUCGCAAUCGCUGCGACUGCAGGAGGAGGAGGAGCGGCGUCUUGAUGAAAAGCGACGGGCGGAGGAGGAAGAGAGGAGGAAGCGUGAGCGUGAACUUAAGCAACUUCGUGAGGAGCGACAGUCAUCCCAACGACUCAUGACGGCAUUGCGGGGUCAGCAAGCGCGCCAAAGCGUCGUGCGUCGCGAGCAGGAGCGGCUGCAGCUGCUGCGACAGAAAAUCCGAGCGGCAACAGCCAUCCAGCAGUGGUGGCGUGUGUGCAAAGCAAGGCAGCGCCAGCUUGAAGGGUACCCCACUGGGUUGACACCUGUCGAGUCACCAAACGCCACGCGACGCAAGAAGAAGCCACGAUCCCGGACAACGAGUCCGCAAGGUGGAAAGGGGCGUUCACCGCGACGGCAGCAGCGCCGGGCAAACGGACGCUCGCUCCUGACACACACGCGGGAGGAGGACCGCAAGCGGUUGGUGGCGGCACUUACGAUUCAGCUGUGGUGGCGGCGGUAUUUGGCGCGCAAAUACGCCAAGCGUCGCCAGCGCACACGUGUGCAGCUGCAUGGCCCAGCAGUGUCCAAUCGACAGCAGGCGAAGCGCUUGGUGACGGUGUACAACACGACAGGGAAGGCGCCAUCGUCCACACGUGUGCGGCAGUUUCAACCGAAACCGCAACGCGCUGUUCGCACACACUUGCUGCCCGAACCGCCAUCCCCAGUAGAUCUCUCUUGGGCGUCGGCAGCAUCGACGUACUUCAAGCCGCCAAAUCCUGGCCGCCGCCGCCCGCGCGGUCUCCAUGCAACGCGACGCCGCCAACGCCAGCCCGCGUAUGCCAACAUGCAGGACCCGGAACACAUGCUUACGCUGCCCAUCAUCCACGGAACACAGGGUUCACGAAAGAACGAUGCUCGCCUCAAUCAGGCCGUCUCGCUCCCGCCCGUGUGACGCGCGCUUGUUACUCCAUCACAUCGCACACAUACACACAAACAUGAAGUGCAAUUUCCAUUUCCGCUGGAGAGGCAGCCACACAUGGUUGCAUUGUGUCGGUGCUUUGGGGCUCGUGCGUUUGGUUGGUUGUUUG